AUGUUGGAAAACUGUUCUUUUUCAUCCUUUGCCUGUAUCUUCUCAUUCUCUCCUCCUCCGCCUGUAUUUUCUCAUUCUCUCCUCCUCCGCCUGUACCUUCUCAUUUCUCCUCCUCCGCCUGGCCUUCUCAUUCUCUCCUCCUCCGCCUGUACCUUCUCAUUUUUUUUCCUCCUCCGCCUGUACCUUCUCAUUUCUCCUCCUCCGGGAAAACCUUCUCAUUCUCUCCUCCUCCGCCUGUACCUUCUCAUUCUCUCCUCCUCCGCCUGUAUUCUCUCAUUAUCCUCCUCCUGUAUAUUCUCAUUCUCUCCUCCUCCGCCUGUACCUUCUCAUUCUCCUCCUCCGCCUGUACCUUCUCAUUCUUAUAAAACCUCCUCCGCCUGUACCUUCUCAUUCUCUCCUCCUCCGCCUACAUUUCAAAAGAUUCCUCCUCCGCCUGUACCUUUUAUUUCUCCUCCUAUAUCCUACCUUCUCAUUAAAUAUCCGCCUGCAACCGUCUCAUUCUUUCCUAGUGACUUGUCUUUUCUCUCCUCCUUUGCCUGCACCUUCUCAUUGAUCCAAAAAUGCACCUUCUCAUUCUCUCCUCCUCCGCCUACCCUCAUUCUUAUUUAA